GAAGACAUUUAGAGUUACCCCUCCUUGUGACCUUGGACAGCGUAAAAUGGCCUCAAGAUUGACUAGCACGUUGAGAUUGAUUGGAGUUCGGUACAUGAGUACGGGCGAAUUCGGAUCUGGUGCAGGAAAGGGAGGUGGCACUGGUGGAAGCAUUAGGGAUGCCGGUGGUGCAUUUGGAAAGAUGGAGGCUGCCCGGGAAGAAGAGUACUUUAGAAAGCAGCAAGCUCUCCAGCUGGAAAGACUCCACAAACAUUUAGAGGAGGAGGUGUCUCACCAUGAAACAGUUAUUAAGCAACAUAAGGAGGCCAUUGAUCGCCACAAGAAGAAGAUCGGUCUCUUAAAACACGAAGAGGACAAAGCCAAGAAAGGCUAUGACUCGGAUUAACGACUUUUACAAACUGUUUAUCAGUUUUAGAAACAGGAGACAUAUUAUUAUGAGAAUGUGUGUGCUGCAUGAUUUGUCUGUACAUAAAUAUAUUCAACUGUAACCUGGAAUCUGAUUGGUUGUUUGGUUGUUUGCUGCACGAAUGAAACACUUUGAUAAUAGAAACAGGCCAACCUUGAAGUGGGUUGAAAAAAACAUUUGCUGUAACUCAUAAAAAUUGACGUUUCAUAUUUAUUUAUUUUCCACAAAAAUUUUGGAGCUAAUUUUUUUUUUUAAUUUAAGACAAAAAUUACAAUAGUUUGUCACUUAUAGAAUAGUCAGUUGGGUUACAACAAAUUUGUUUGAAGGAUGGCAUAAUGAUUUCUUUUUGUAUUUAAUAAUGAAGGGAAUGGCUAUAAUUUCUUUGUAUUCGUUUUUUAAAUCUGGAUUUUUGAUUGACUUAUUUGUAAUGUAUAAGCACAUUAAAAUGUGAAAAAAGAA